AUGGCCGCGGCCAGCGGGAUGGCGUACAAACCAUGCCUGGGGCCCGGGAUGGCCCUGGCCAGGCAUUGCGGAUCGUCCACUCUCAGCGCCGUCGACGGGGAGAAGCUCCAAGUCGACGACGGAAUGAGGAUGCCGGUGUCGCUCGUCGACGUACAGCUGGAGGACAAGAGCGGCGCGGCGCUGCUGGGGAAGGCAGAUGCCUUCCGCGCGGAGCGCGGGGCGUGGUCGGUCAUCCUGUCCAGCAGCAAGCCGGGCACCGCAUCUCUCGCGCCCCCUGGGAGCAUCCGUGAGAAGGGCUCCAAGGAGGCCUGGGUGGCGCCCGUGCGACUGGAGAAGGUGGUGCGCGACGGCAGAGAGCAGAGCGGCGUGUUUGCCACGAGGGAGUUUCUGCCUGGCGACUGCAUCUUUGUCGAGGCCCCCAUCCUCGCGAUCGAGGAGGUCGGCGAUGUCGACCAGGACAUGAAGGGCCUCAAGAUCAACAAGGCCCACCGGCUGGCGGUGCAGCAGUUCCUGGCGCUGCCGGACCAGCGGAAGGGGGCCGCGCUCUCGCUCUUCUGCCCCGACAGGAUGCUGGUUACUCUUGGCGACGGUCAGAAACAAUGGUCAGAACCUCUGAGCAAGGAGACUUUCUUCGACCAGCUUCCCAAGGUCGGCAUUCAGGUUGGCGAUGACGAGGAUGACAAGGCCGUCGUGUGGCGAUUCAUCAGAAUAUGGGAGUCCAGCAACAUGGCCGUCGCUGCUGGCACUGCCAUCUUCGUGGGGGCAGGGGCGGACCUCCGGUCCCGCUCCCGCCCGGGAGUCCUCUGCGCCGGCUUUGGCGCGUGA